GUGUGAGCGACAGUGAGGCAGAACUUCCCUCACAGAGAUCUCCUUAUCGACGCCCUGUGAGAGCCUCAAAGUUUCAACUUCUCCUCCGAAACGACGAUCAGAGCAGCAACAUGCGUGAGUGUAUCUCUAUCCACGUGGGCCAGGCCGGCGUCCAGAUGGGCAACACCUGCUGGGAGCUGUACUGCCUGGAGCACGGCAUCCAGCCGGACGGACACAUGCCCAGCGAGAAGCCGUCCGGAGGCUACGACGACUCCUUCACCACCUUCUUCAGCGAGACCGGCACCGGAAAAUACGUCCCCAGGGCCAUCUUCGUCGACCUGGAGCCCACGGUGAUCGAUGAAGUCCGGACCGGCACGUACCGGCAGCUGUUCCACCCCGAGCAGCUGAUCUCCGGGAAGGAGGACGCCGCCAACAACUACGCCCGCGGCCACUACACGGUGGGGAAGGAGCACAUCGACGCCGUGCUGGACAGGAUCCGCAAGCUGUCGGACCAGUGCACCGGCCUGCAGGGUUUCCUGGUCUUCCACUCGUUCGGCGGAGGAACCGGCUCCGGCUUCACCUCCCUCCUGAUGGAGCGCCUCUCCGUCGACUUCGGCAAGAAGUCCAAGCUGGAGUUCGCCAUCUACCCGGCGCCUCAGGUGUCCACGGCGGUGGUGGAGCCCUACAACUCCAUCCUGACCACCCACACCACGCUGGAGCACUCGGACUGCGCCUUCAUGGUGGACAACGAGGCCAUCUACGACAUCUGCCGCCGGAACCUGGACAUCGAGCGCCCCUCGUACACCAACCUGAACCGCCUCAUCAGCCAGAUCGUGUCCUCCAUCACCGCCUCGCUGCGCUUCGACGGCGCCCUGAACGUGGACCUGACGGAGUUCCAGACCAACCUGGUGCCCUACCCCCGCAUCCACUUCCCCCUGGCCACCUACGCCCCGGUCAUCUCGGCGGAGAAGGCGUACCACGAGCAGCUCACCGUGGCAGAAAUCACCAACGCCUGCUUCGAGCCGUCCAACCAGAUGGUGAAGUGCGACCCCCGUCACGGUAAAUACAUGGCGUGCUGCCUGCUGUACCGCGGAGACGUGGUGCCCAAAGACGUCAACGUCGCCAUCAGCAACAUCAAAACCAAGCGCAGCAUCCAGUUCGUGGACUGGUGUCCCACCGGCUUCAAGGUGGGCAUCAACUACCAGCCGCCCACCGCCGUGCCCGGAGGAGACCUCGCCAAGGUGCAGCGCGCCGUGUGCAUGCUGAGCAACACCACCGCCAUCGCCGAGGCCUGGGCGCGCCUCGACCACAAGUUCGACCUGAUGUACGCCAAGAGGGCCUUCGUGCACUGGUACGUGGGGGAGGGCAUGGAGGAGGGCGAGUUCUCCGAGGCGCGGGAGGACAUGGCGGCGCUGGAGAAGGAUUACGAGGAGGUCGGCAUCGACUCGUACGAAGAAGACGAAGAGGGGGAGGAGUAUUAAACAAACGCCUGUCACAUUAUACAAAGCGCCGUUUUAAAGAAAAGUGUAAAGUUCUCUCCCAAAUCUCUCCACAAGUGUUCAUGUGUCUCAGAAACACUAAAGUUACUGCGGUUUGUUUUAUAUGAAAUGACUCUCAAUAAGAGAGAUUGUGCCUUUACCUCCUUUUCUAAAUAAAACUGUUUACACCAA